AUGUUCAGCAUCGAUAAGAAGCAACCGGACCAGCACAAGCAGCAAAUGGUAGUAGUGAGCAUCUGCCUCGCCAUCGAGCAGCAACAGAACAGGUGUGACAAGGACGGGGAAGGCGACGACGACGAGGAGGAAGAGGGCAGGGAGGAGGAAGACGACGACGAGGAGGACCAGGACGAGGAGCUGGAGCAGGAGCAGGAGCAGGAGGAGAAGGAGGAAGAGAAGGAGGAAGAGGAGGAGGAGGAGGAGGAGGAGGAGGAGGAGGAGGAGGAGGAGGAGGAGGAGGAGGAGGAGGAGGAGGAGGAGGAAAAGGAGGAGGAGGAGGAGGAGGAAGAGGAGGAGGAGGACGAGGAUGAGGAGAAAGACGAGGAGGAGGAGGAGGAGGACAUCACCAUGGAGCAGCAACAGAACAGGGGUGACAACGACCAGGAGGGCGACGACAACGAGGCGGAGGAGGACAAGGACAAGGAGGAGGAGGAGGGGGAGGAGGAGGAGGAGGAGGAGGAGGAGGAGGAGGAGGAGGAGGAGGAGGAGGAGGAGGAGGAGGAGGAGGAAGACGACGAGGACCAGGACGAAGAGCAGGAGCAGGAGCAGGGGCAGGAGGAGGAGGAGGAGGAGGAGGAGGAGGAGGAGGAGGAGGAGGAGGAGGAGGAGGAGGAGGAGGAGGAGGAGGAGGAGGAGGAGGAGGAGGAGGAGGACAAGGAGCAGGAGGAGGAGGAGGAGGAGGAGGAGGAGGAGAAGGAGGAGGAGGAGGAGGAGGAGGAGGAGGAGGAGGAGGAGGAGGAGGAGGAGGAGGAGGACAAGGAGGAGGACGAGGAGGAGGAGGAGGGCGACGAGAAAGAAGACGACAACGAUGAGGUGGAGGAAGACGAGGAGGAGGAGGAGAACGAGGAGGAGGAGGAAGACGAGGAAGAGGAGGAGGAGGAGGAGGAGGAGGAGGAGGAGGAGGAGGAGGAGGAGGAGGAGGAGGAGGAGGAGGAGGAGGAGGAGGAGGAGAACGAGGAGGACGAGGAGGAGGAGGAGAAGGAGGAGUAG